UCUGUUUCAUUUAUAUUUACUGAGGGAUAAUCACUUGGAGAGCAACAAUCACCAGCCGGAAUACUAAGACUGACUUUUGUUUUAUGCCCUUUCUCAGUCGAGGGUCUAGAAAACGAAUUGUUGCAUCCCCUCUAGCAUAUUUUAACUCCCCUCUGUUAACUGGGUAAAAAGCAAGAUCGAUUUCUUGGACCUUCAUAGUUUAACGGAGAUAGCAGGUUUAUAUUGCACUCCUCCGAUCGAGGAGGUGCCGCAGAGUUUCAAAAAUACUGGCUGUCGGAAGCAGGAAGUGGACGACGUGAAGUAUCAUAACCAAAAUAACAUUGUUGAGCUCACACCAUGUAAACUUUCGACUUAAGAAGAGUUAAAUGCAAGAAGCUGACAGCUUUCCAGGAGUACAGAUCAUCACAAUCCUCUGCGUGAAAUUAUGGCCUGGAUUUUGUGGUCAGUGGCAACGGUGUGGAAUUCACCAUUGCCGUCACGAAGAAAUCAGGACUCACCUGGUUCAUAGUCUGAAGCAGGAUCUUGCUCCUCCUGCUGCAGCAGGGCUCCAGCAGCAAAGCCAUUGACACCCAGCAGCGAGCCGCAUUGUCAACGAAGUCAAGCACCCAUUGACAUCACGAAAUGAAGACACGCCCCUCGAGGUCAAGCAGCCAACCAGCUAUGUCUACAGAAGCAGAUGCAAUUGGAAAGAUGUUGAACCAAUUUGAAAUAAAGAAGCCUGCUGAUCUGACUCUGGAGUACUGGAUCACAUGUUGGGAAAAGCAACAAAUCAGAUUUCACCUCAAUAAUGUACAUGAAAUGUUGAAAAAACACCUGGAUGUUUUGCUAAAUGGGAGAAAGGAAAUCCGUAUAUUUUUCCCACUUUGUGGGAAGGCAGUGGAUAUGAAAUGGCUCGCUGAUCAGGGGCAUACUGUUGUUGGUGUGGAACUAUCUGAAAUCGCAGUAAAACAAUUUUUCACAGAACAAAAUCUGCCCUACAUUCAAGAACCUGUACCAGGGAUGCCAGGUGCAGAUGUAUUUAAGACUCCUGAAGGGCAGAUUUCUCUGUUUCGGUGCAAUAUAUUUGACUUGUCAAGUUUAAUUGCUGGGCAGUUUGAUGGGAUCUGGGACCGAGGUUCUCUGCAACCUCUCAACAGCUCUGACAGACAACGUUAUAGCAAACUAAUGAUAACGCUCAUGGCCAAAGGAUGUCGAUACCUUUUGGACACUUUAGUCUGCACUAAAAGUGAUUUUGAUGGUUUACCACCCAAGAUCUCAGAAUCUGAAACUCGGAAUUUGUUUGGUCAUGCCUGCAACAUUCAGUUGCUGGACUCAUCUGGCACACUGACUGGUAAACAAAAACUGUGGGGUCUGGAAUCCUUCAUUGAGGAAGUUCAUCUCAUUACACUGAAGACGGAUUCUUCCUGAAUACUCAUUUAAUAACACAGGCUCUAUUCAUUUUUUAAAAUCAUCGCUUUAUUCUAAUUUUCCCAAUUUUCAAGAUGGCUGGGGCGCAGUUCAAUGGGUGCCCUCACCGAGGUCAUUCAUUUGCUGUGACACGAAGCAAUGGCAAGCUAUUUAACCAUGCGAUUUUAUAUCAAGUGAAUUAAUGCACUUUAUUUCCUUUCCUUGUAGUGAUGGAAUCCCAAUUUUUGUGUGGUGUAUCAUUGACAUACAGACAUUUAAGGAAUCAAAUUGUCUUAAAUUUCCAUUGGUGACUCAGGGCCAUGUUUCACUGAGGUUGAUCCAUUGACCAGUGCUAGAUCAAUCUUCACGUGACUUCAUGAUUCAGUUGUGCUUGACUAUAAUUUCCAUAUCAUGGAGCUUAUACCAUUUUCUAGUAUCACAAGGAAAGACUUCUUGAUGAUCUGCCCAUCUCUGUCACACGAAGACAUAUGUCUGAAGUUCUUUGUUUUAUUUCUUAUAAUAAACACUCUGCCACAUUCAGAAGUGCAUCACUGUGCGUUUCCCAGUAUCACAAUCAUUUAUAAUUACACAGAAGACGUUUAGAAAAAAUGCCUUGUUUGUCAAGGAAAGCACAGGAAAUAAUGCUUGGUCAGUGUGUUAAUGACCACAUUAAAAUAAUUCAGCCUCAUAUUGUUUGUAACUGCUUCAAAACAGUAGCUUUGUAAUAGACACCCACCAAUUGUCCAAAUUUUCAUUUUUCAUUCAAUAUCUAAAUUGUAUAUGUAUAAAAAUAAAUCAACAACACAGAAA